CAUACUCUAAUCCAAUACGAGGAAAAUGAAACAUCGAAUGUACAGUUCCUAAAUCUUGUCCCUUUCUACACAAUCGCCACUGACAAAACACUUCCUUUUUCAAGGUUAACACCAUCGUUUCUCUUCAAAUUUCUGGAUUUUUCCCGCUACAAAUCCGUCAAAAAUUUUCACUUUUGCAUGAUUCUGUUCAAGGGUUCUUCACAUCUUUCAAAAUCCCAACGUGGUUCCCUUCAAUAUCGCAUCUUUAUCACAAAUUUCGUUUCAGUUCGAUUAUUAUCACUCUCAAACCCUAGUUCAAAAUUAAUCUGAAUUAAGUUGCGAUUUGAUGUUGGAUUUGUUUGGUUACAAUGUAGAUUUGUUUUUAGCUUCGAUUUAAGUCUGAAUUUAUCGGCAAAUGUUGAGAAUAAUGAGGUUUGUAUUUAAAGAUUUAUCAAUUGGGUUAAUCAGGGUUCUAUGUUUUCUGAUGGUGUUUGUGAUUGGGAUAGUUAUUGGUUUGCUUUCAAGUUCACAUGUGGAUAGAUACUUCACAUCACAACCAUAUGUUCUUAAUCCAAAUCAGGCGUUUGCAAUAAACCCUAAUUCUUUGUGCACUAGUAGCAUUAAUGAAACGGUUUCAGGUAAUGAUCGAAAUGGUAAUGUUGGGGUUAGUUGUGUAAAGGAGGAUUGUUUGAGUAUGGAAAGCUUUCGGUUUCCGAAGAAUGUGAGCCAUGGGAUGACUGAUGAGGAGCUGUUGUGGAGAGGUUCUUUGGUGCCGGAGAAUGCACAUUACCCGUUCGAUAGAAUGCCUAAGAUAGCUUUUUUGUUCUUGACUAGGGGGGAUCUUCCGUUUUUGCCCUUGUGGGAGAGGUUUUUUAAGGGUCAGGAUGCAAUGAAGUAUUCGGUUUAUGUUCAUUCGAAUCCUGGGGUUAAGCUUGAUGUUUUAAACUCUUCGGUUUUCUAUAAGAGGCAGAUUCCUAGUCAGGCUGUCGAAUGGGGAAAGGUGACCCUAGUUGAAGCAGAAAGACGGCUGUUAGGCAAUGCUUUACUCGACUUUUCCAAUGAGCGCUUUGUACUCCUAUCAGAAAGCUGCAUCCCGAUUUACAACUUCCCAACCGUCUACAAAUACCUGGUUGAAUCCAAAUACAGCUUCCUGGACUGCUAUGAAGACCCGUCUAGAUACGGGCAGGGUCGGUACAACCGUUACAUGAAACCUGACAUCAGGCCACGGGACUGGAGAAAAGGGUCUCAGUGGUUUGAAAUGAAUCGGGCACUUGCCGUUAAAGUGGUCGCGGAUACAAAAUACUUCAAUCUUUUUAAAAGGUACUGCACUGAUGAUUGUUACCCAGACGAACAUUACAUGCCGACUUUUGUGCACAUGUUUCAUGAACCGCUUAAUGCUGGUCGAACGGUCACUUAUGUCGACUGGUCAGUGGGGGGCCCGCAUCCGGUUAGUUUUGAGGCGAAAAAUAUUACUGAAAGUUUUCUUAAGUCUCUUAGGAACAACGGGACUACUUGCUCGUAUAAUAAAGGAAAGUCACAUAUUUGCUAUUUGUUUGCUAGAAAGUUUGAGUCGAGCGCGCUGGAGCCAUUACUCGAGCUCGCUUCGAAAGUACUUGAAUAUUGAUGUGCUGAGAUGAUUUGUUGUUUGCAAAUGUUGUUGAGUUUUUGAUGAAUUACGUUGUAGGGUUUUGUUGGAUAUUGGUUGAGAGGAGACUGUACAGACAAUGCUGACUCCACAGUUUAGGUGGAUAUUCAAGUUGUAUUCUUUUUGGUA